AUGGUGCUGGAGCGCAGCUGGAUUGCCAUCACCAGCGACGUGGGCUGGGGCUGCACCAUCCGAGCAGCACAAAUGCUGCUGCUGCAGGCGCUGCGGCGGCACUUCUUCGAAGCGGGGCCUUUGGCGCAGCCAGCAGCAGGCAGCUGCCCGGAGCCGGGCCUCUGGGAGGGCGUGGACAAGGAGCAGCAGCAGCAGCAGCAGCAGCAGACGCAGCAGCAGCAGCAGCAGAGGGCGGGCCUCUACGGCAAAAUGGCAGCAGAAGAGGCUUUGCUGCAGCAGCGGCCGCAGCCAGCAGCAGCAGCAGCAGCUUCGGCUGCAGCGGCAGCUGCGGCUGCAGUGGGAGCAGCACCAGAUGCAGCAGCAGCACCCGAAGCAGCAGCAGCUGUGGGGCCACCAGCAGCCGCUGCGGCGCCUUCAGCAGCAGCAGCUGCUGCAGGACAGGCCCCCGAUGCUUUUGAGGCCGCGGGAGCACAAAGAGGCGCAGCUGAGGCUGCGCCAGCAGCAGCAGAUGCAGCAGCAGCAAUUGCAACGGCAGCAGCAGACGCAGCAGCAGCAGCAGCAGAUGCAGCAAUGGCAGCGCCGCCGGAGGUUGGAGGACGUCCUGCAGGGCUCUUGCCAGCCGCGUCUUCCCCCGAAGCAGAGCAGCAGCAGCAGCAGAUGCAGCAUCAGCGGCUGCCGGUGGCUCCCCCACGGAAGCAGCAGCAGGAGCCGCCACCCGGCUGCUGCUGCUGCUGCAGGGCCCCCUGCUGUGGUAUUAGACAGAGGCAUAAGUGCUGUCAGUUCUGCAGUAAUUGGAAAGUUUGCAGGAGAGUGGUUUGGCCCCACAACAGCCUCUGCUGCUAUCAAGCUGCUUGUGGAGUCUUCGCCCUUCACCGCGGUAAGUUGCAGCAGCAGCAGCAGCAGCAGCAGCUGCAGCAGCAGCUGCAGCAGCCACGAAGCACUGCUUAA